CAGGCCAUGGCGGAGGUCCCGGGAGCCCAACGCUCGGUUCUUGCUGGCGGCCCAGAGCCCCGGGAUCCCCUGGACUGCUGGGCCUGUGCAGUGCUAGUAACGGCUCAGAAUCUGUUGGUGGCUGUCUUCAAUCUUCUCCUGCUGGCAUUAGUCCUGGGGACCAUCUUGCUACCCGCUGUCACCAUGUUGGGCUUCGGCUUUCUCUGCCACUCUCAGUUCCUGCGCUCCCAGGCACCCCCUUGCACCGCCCAUCUGCGGGACCCAGGCUUCACCGCCCUGUUGGUCACUGGAUUCCUGCUGCUGGUACCGCUGCUUGUGCUUGCCUUGGCCACCUAUCGCCGCCUCUGCCUGCGUCUCCGCCUGGCCGACUGCCUAGUACCCUACAGCCGUGCCCUCUACAGGCGCCGGCGCAUCCCACAGCCGAAGCAAAUCCCGGCCUCACCAGGGUCCCGGGCUGUUCCCACACCGGGAAAGGUCUGGGUUUGAGGUGCGUUGAGUCAAGAAUUCUGUCGAUUGUCCUCCUCCUGGACGCGGAAGGAGUUGAAACAAGCUCAGGGGUAUUCUGCCUUGUCCUGCUCCUUACCAUUGCCCGAGUCAGGUUCUAGUAUCCCUUUAAUGGAACAUCACCACCUGUGGAUCCAAUGCUGGCGAAAAUUCCCAUGCCCCAGAACAUCUCACUUGAAUCCUGAACGUUUGGGCUGGACCCUGCACAUCUUCUCUCUCUCCCCUAGCGGAAAUAGGAGAGCUGAACUUUGUGCCUUCCUUAGCUGGUGCAGCUCCUCUAAUAUUUACGGGACUGAGGGACAACGCUGGAGAAGGAACCAUCACAAAUAAUAAAGAAUUUAUGAAAUAAACGUGCUC